GUAAGGGGAGAGAACACCCGGACUGUCUACUCUUAUGUGUGUGGCCAUGGGCUUUCCCUUCAUAUCACAGCCGUAAAGUCUAUAAGGAUAAAGUAUUGGCUAAGCACCUUUGGGCGGGCCCCCUCUUAGUUAAAUUUCGCUCGAAAGAAAUGUGAAUCUGUCUUCCCUUCAUUUUUAAUUCACUUAUCUUCUCUUCUUCUUCGAUUCCUUUCCAUUAAUAAAGGAGGAAAUACUAGAUAUAGACUAAAUCGGAAUGAAGAAGAUAUGAAUGGAACCUAAAAACAACCAACCACCUAUAGGACUGCGAUAACGUCCAUCCCUAUGGAAAUUUUCUCGAACUCGGAGUAGCUCUUUAUAUAUUUUAGAUUAUGUGGCAUUGAGGUCAUGGAGCUUUCUUUCUAAGACAUCCACUUUGACCCGGGGAGGCAGAAGGUAAUCACGAAUUAGUGUGUUUUCCCGUUUCCCCCAUUCGAUUCAAAAUACGUCGCUUUAGAUCAAGAAUUCUAUUGAUUUCCUCAUCGGAGACAUUGCUCGCCCCUGGACCCUGUCGAUACACAAAAAACCUAUUCCUGAUUACAUAUUUGACUGAUUCCAUAUCAGGUUCCGCUGGCUGAAUAGCCGGAAGCGGAUUAGCAGCAGCAGCAAAACAAAAGACGGUUGAAUCUUGGUAGUUGUGGUCGUGACAGGCACUCGGGCUGACAGCCAUCUUAGUGAGGUAGUCUAUUUCGUUGAAGUAGCGGGUCUCCCCCAUCUGGUACUUCUCGUUCUAGUAAACGAAGGAACAAUCUUUCUAGGAAUAACCUUUUCUGUAGUUGGACUACCAGGAUUAUUCAAUAGUAGUAGGUUCACCUCUAAUACUAAUAAGAAAAGGGCUUCCCCUUAGACCUUUAGACCUGACCAAGAGAAGUCACACCGGUAGCCCUCAGAAAGAAAGGUCCCUCGAGCUUUAUUAGUAGUUACACGAGUGCUCAGAUCAAUACCGAAACACAUAUGGAGUGCCUGGCCUGGACCACAAAGAAAGAGCACAAGCAGGACUCCCUGCACCCGCGUGAGGGAUGACUUUGAAUCCAUACCGAAGAGAAUGGACGACUUGAAAAGGUCUCCAUAGACAAAGAGACGAUCUACACCGAAACAGAGAAAAUACAUUAGGAGCACUCAUUCCUUGUACCCGGGGAACUUAUGAAUAAGGAAGGGGAUCUACACUAGAAAAGGAGUUGACUCCCAUAUAGACACUUUCACUCACAUUGCUUUAGGCAGUACUCUUCUUACUAAAGAAGAAUACUUCCUUAAAUAGGGAGCAAAUCCGUCACUGGACGAGGAAGGAAAGGAAGAUCUGUACAAUAAAGUAGAUUAGAAAGCGUUAACAAGACUAUCAGACCAAGAACAGAACUGCUGGAGGAACAACUACCUAAGGCUUAAAAUGACAUAGAAUAAGUGGAAUCUCAUGCAAACUGUGAGGGAGGUGGUUAACCGGUGCUUAGAGAACUACCUGGGAUGCUUUACAAGCGAUAGACCAAAAUCAAUUACAUAUUCUAAAUUAAUCUAAUCCCAUCCCCUACGGACAAGGGUGAAUACCCGUAAGUGAGUUCGCGCAGGAGUUUCUUGCUCUGAUUCUGUAGCGGGAGUUUCCUUGUGUUGUGGAGUUGUGUGGUAAGCUUUUCGGCUUCCAUCCACUGGCGACCUCAAAGCAUUAUUUUAAGCGCAUUCCUUGUCCUUUAGCCUUAUAAUCGUAAUAGGCCUUAAAAAGAAAGUAAUAAAGAGUUCAGGGCUUAGAAGAUGCAAAGCUUUCAUCCGCAUUCCGUCUGUGUUAUAAAUAAAAGUCUUCCAUUAGAUAAGUUUCCAUCUUCUUUUUCUUAAAGAAUAGGAGCGAGACUUUCAUAGUGAAGGGAGAGGCGAAGCCUAGUAACACAGCAUCAUGGUUUAGCCUAGCCCUUACAAGCAGUUCACCGCUUUCACAUGGCAGAACCCAUCACAGCACAGGGAGUCUGGCGCCCCUAUACACUCAUAUCUCGACUUGACAACCAAAAUUGCUUCAAAAUGUCAAUUUGUAGAUCGAUGGUGGGGAUGAGCCCAUGUGUACGCCUAACCUUCGGCCACCCCUAAAUGGCACUAAUAAGCACACAAGACACAUAGGUCUAGGGAUGCCUGUUUGACUAGGCGCGAUAGAAUACUCAACCAAGCAUUCAGCUCGAUGGAUUACUCCCGCACCAGAUAGUUCUCAGCCGCAAGGUUGCCGGCAUGCCCCAAUGAUAAGGUACUCUCAAAUCGAAUAUCUCGUGGCACCACAUCUUUAGACAAAGGGCAGGUUUAGCUAUAGCCCAGUCAACUGUUGGAGGCAAAGACAAAGAAAAAACGGAAAAGCCGAGUACACUGCAUCUCCAGUGAACCAUCCUACUAAGGUUUCACGAAGUAAACACAUACGUUUCACAGCUAGGGACCAUGUUCAGUCCAUGCCAAUAAACAACAGGAGCUCGCGGUCUAUCAGCACUUUAAGGGCUACACAAUGGAGAUCGGAUCGGCCUCGUAUGGAGGGCUCCCCGAAUAUCUUUUCCUUUGGACCUAGCCUAUCGAUCAAAAAUCCUACGCUAGCAUGCCUACCGCACUACCGCCCCCACUCUCUACUAUUGGUGGCUAAUGGGUCCCUUCUCUCGCGUAUCCUGUCUUUUCGGAUCGGCACCUGGCCUCCCAUUUCUUAUGAGACGGCAAACGAAUAACUUCUCUUUAUCCGGGUAUUGAAUUGCGCGAAGAGUUUGAGGCCCGGUAAGGGGAUAGCGGGUCAAUGCCUUCUGCUCUUUCCGGUAAGUGAGUAGGGCCAGUCCCACACGAUUAGCAUAGAUAAGACAAGUCAGGUAGGAUUGGUCGGAGAAGGAUGAAAAACCUUGUGUGAAGGAAAGGCUGUUUCAGUUGCUGUUUACGCGCUUCACUCACUAGGAGAAGAAGUCAGGAAAGUCCCUACUAUACUUGUCUAAAAGACGAAAAGAUGGAUGAGCCACUCUCUCCAUCCGACUCAGCUUAGCCUUUACCUGGGCACCUUGCCUUCUUUCCUUGCUUUGGUGCUAGCGUAUAUAAAGUAGUAGACCCCGGCUCCUUUUAGCUUUCUGUGGUAUGGCUCUUAUAACUCUUAGUAGCUGUUCUCUCCUUCCCUUUCCUUAUUCCUUAUCCUUAAGGAAUUGGAUAUAGAACCGUUAGGAGUAGGAGCAUUCGUUAACAGAGAUGGAUUGGCUUCGGUUGACCUUCUUACUAUGGGAAUGCUUGAAAAAGCUCUUAUUCCAAUAAGCUCGUGACUACUCUAAGAGGUAGCUGGGGACAAAAGGAAUAAGUGCUCAAAGCGUUGAUCAGCUGCUCUAUUGGACUUAUUUCCUUGGCGAGAAGGGUUAGCAGGGAAAGCAGCCUUGUUGUUGAUUAAAGUAAAGGACCAGGGGUCUAGCGCUUUUGUUUUGUGGGAAGAUACUUUAGUCAUUGAUAUCCAUAUUCAAAUACCUAAUGAUUUACAAGCCUGCGGUUCGCACCCUGCAGCCCCAUUUUAGAAGUGCGUUUGAACAAUACCUCUUGGUACUUAUCCUUUAAUAAAGGCUCGAGAGACCUACUUGCCACGUGGCAAGAGGCCAUUAGCCAAAAAAACUGUGCUAAGAUCUCAAAAGAAAGAAGAGUAUUCGAAUCCGGGUCCCCUAUGAUACUUGGCACGAAGCCAUGGGUCCUAAGGGAGAUUGGAAGAGAAAUCCGAUCCCCACUCUCUCAAAUAAAUACGAAGGCAUAAAAUGGUAUAUAUAACCCUCACAUAUAGAUGCGCACAGGUUUUUUUUACAAACGACUUCACACUUGGAGCUUUGAAGAGGCACUCAAGUGCUUGAAGGAGAAAAAAGAGAAGCCCAUACUGUUGGAGUGCUAGGCUAAGCCCUUUCCCUAAAGAGUACUUUCGUAUGCAUAACCUGUUCUUUCCUAUGGCUAAGCCGUGGAAUCCUAUGGACGUGGAAGACUAUAGAUAAGCAGUGGAAGUUAGAUAAGUUGCUUAGGAAGGUGCCUUUCUAAGUUCCCUGCCAUGCAUUUCCUGGACUCUGAUAGCCCUGCAUAUGAUUCUAUGGCGGUCCAGGGGGAGUUCCCCGCAGCCUAUAUAUAAAGCUAUAUAGUUUUCAAUGGUCGGUGCAUUUUCAGUAAAAAGAAUAUAAAAAUCCCUAGCCAGCUUAUCUAAUCUCCCAUACUUUAUCGAGCCAGUUCGAGGGGUUGUAGUUCCACCCAUCCUUACUCAGCUCUUCAAUUGCUAAUGCCGUACUUGGGGUUGGGGUUUUAUAAGGAGUGGAAAUUCUAGAUUGAGUUCUCUUUGCUCUUCUCCCUUCCAGUCCAUCGAUUGUUAGUUUUCUGUUACAUCCCUGAAGUAAGUCUUAAGGGUAGAUAGCGCUAUAGGCUAACGAUAAGAUGAAAGGGCCUUCUAUUUAGUCGAUGCUUGUUUUUCUUUUGAUGGAGAAGUCUUAGUUGCUUCUCUCUUCAAGUUCAAGUGAGUUGUUGGAGUGCUUUUGUAAGAAGCCCCUCCUGUUGGCGUGCUAUCAAAUUGAAUUUGAGUGAUAGGGCCAAUGCUAAGUGUUCCAUGUCGUUGGAUAGUCGGUUCGAGGGCAAGGAAGGAAAGCACAGUAGAACUAGCGUAGCGGGACAUGACAGCGGUUGGGGAGAGGUUAGAAUAGACUCGACUGAAAGGAGAGGGAAAAGCUAUCAAUCCAAUGAACAGAAAAAGCGGCUUGGCCGAAGGGUCAGGAAGAGAGAACGACUAUACUUUAUGAGUUAGAACAUUAGGAACCUUACACCCAUAUGAAAGAAAGCAGCCAAAAAAGUAGAGAAGAUAAGAGACGGGUUUAGCGAGAAAAGUAUUUCGCUCACACCUGAAAGAAGCCUCCUCCGACUCAAGCAUUGGAUUAGCUUCAGGCAUUUAAGGAUAUUCUCGAGAAGACCAAGUUUAGGAGCCAGUGUCAGAGAGAUGGCUUCUGUUGAACUCUUCCUUAUACAUGAAGGGAAUGAAUCGCAUAUGUUGGUUGAGAAUUGCUCGGGAAUUCAUUGAUAAUGACUUUGCGGGAGGCUACUCUUCUUUUUUGUCGAUCGAGCCGCUCUCCCUCAUUCCACUCGUCCAGCCCUCUUCACGAACUUGUACAAUCGAUGCCACAAAGAUAGCAAACUCUAUUAUCAAAGAAAUAAGGAAACGGGCGACAAUUUGGCACCAGAUAUCCGGAGGUGUGGAAAGAGCAGCUGUGAGAAGCGGAAAAACCAUCAAAAAACGACGAUUGUUCGUGGAGGUUUCUACAGAAAGACCCCUUGGUUCUGACAAACGGAUCACAAUUACAGGUACCUGGGAGCAUACCGAUGAAAUGAACGAAAUACGAACAGUGAACAUAAUAUGGUCAUAGAUCUUAGGUUGUAGCUUGAUCAUGAGCGAAUUUGUUGAUGUUGCACCCAUGAAGUAUGGAAAGUGCCAAACAUUGGGAACUACCCGGGGAGGAGUUAGGAACAGGAACAAGAAGAAGCGAGAACCACUUAAAUGGAGGAAUCGAUUGUAUUUCGUCCUUUGUUCCCCAUAGAAACUGGGGAUCAAAAAGCACCAAAUUUGAUGACUUAUUAAGGGAAAGACGAAGUAAGAGCAUGCUAUUGGAGACGUUGCAACAUAUGUCGGGAAGGCCUCCGUUGAUUGUGUACGAACAAAAUACGAAUCCAAAGGCAGGGUAAGAAGGGGUUUAGCUAAUGGAGAUAUGAACUCUUCCGGGAACCAGUAACACGUCAACCAUGUCAAACCAAGACCAAUCAAUAUCCGAACGGAACGGAUUCGAACUUCUCCUAGAAUAGUUUCCGAUGCGAAAUUCAAUUCAUAGGAUAUAUAUGAGUAAUUCAAAGGAUAAAUAUAAAUGAAAACACAAGGAAUGGAAAGAAAGCCAAAACCUAUCGGGAGGGUUCUACUUUAUCUCCUUGUCCUGUGCUCGCGCAUUAUACAAAAUAACCGCCACGUCCCCAGCAGACAUCUUCUGUACCAUCUAAGCCUUGCCCUUAUAUCCCUUUUUUCCGGGCACGCCCCUAUAGCCGUUAUAAGAAAACGGACUAUAAAGCGGAAGUUCUUUAUUUCCCAAACCACCCAUUCCAGUUUGAGGCUCGUCAGAACCACAAAGAAGAAAGGCGGCCGCGCUAUCAAGUCACGAUCCGGCUGUAAAACAAAGCGCAAAAGGAAGUAAAGCGAGGAGAAUAAAAGAAAGAGCAACAACGAAUAAAUAGGUGUUGCUGCGUCUUGAGAUCCUAAUUGCCAUGGUUCCGCUGCAUCACAAGGAGCAAUUGUGAGGAAUAGCCAUUCUAGAACAAUCAUUUGGUUUGGUUCAUUCUUUGACUGCUCUGCUCCCCCCAAACAAAAAGAGAGACUUGUUCUUGCUCACGGAAAUCGCCGGUUUGUCAAACCAAGAAAGAAAUGGGAUAAAUAAAAGAUUGGCUGCUUAUAAAGCUCUCUUUCUUUAAAGGCCUUUAAAGAGCGCGUGACUCUCCUUUAUAUACGAUAUUUUUCGUAAAGUUUGCCACAAGGCAUGCAAGCGAGGAGAGCUAGCCUAUGUGGAAGAAAGAAGUCAAGCAGCAGGCACUCGAUAACAACAAGAGUAAAGUCCAGUCAAGGAACAUAAAGCCAAUCCAACCGGAGAACCCAUGCAUUCAUUCAAUUAGAAAAAACCUUCCUGCUUUGCUACUCCAAUCACUUCCCACUACCAAAAGGAAACAAGGGGUAGAAAGCCUAGGAACAUUCAUUUCUAUAUGAAAUGUGAACCUUGCUUCAGGGAAUUCGCGGCAAUAUAGGUGGGACAUCAAUUUGAAUUAGAUUUCACAGUAAUUAGCUGAUUAGAACUCGAUUGCUAAUUGAAUUACUACUUUUAGUAAAUGAAGAAUAAUGGAAUAGAUGAAGAUAAAAAAAAAAGAAAGAUUUGCAUAGUACCCUUACGAAUACCAACAGCAUGAAAAGAAGUAGUGCUUUCUCGUCCUCUAAGGCAACUCGCGGCACACUUCAUAUAUGUAUGAUUGAAUAUCGAAAGCAUUCGUUCCCAGUCGACAAGAGAAAGAACUGCUUAUUUCGGAUAGACUUUCGCAUAUAGGAUUGAAUUACUUCCUUAUAUAAGGAAUUAUGUGCGCAGAUACGCUGUAUAAGUAUCAAAAUUUCUGCUUUCGCACAUAAGCUCUUUAUCUUGUAAUUAUGUCGCAUAUCUUAUUUACGCUUAUCAGCUGCUAUAUACUUGCACUCAGUCUCUACUAGUCAAUCCACUCGAGACUCUCUAUCGAAACGAUCCUAGUCUUCCUGCUUACUUACUGGUCAACUUUGAUAAGGUAGAAAAAAGAGAUUCACUCAGCAGAUAUUGAAACUAAUAGCAAAGAAGGCUCCUCGAAUCAGAUUUUAUUCUAUUACCGUAAUUCGCCAAUCUCGAUGAAAGAGCAGGUAACUACCCCGCUCUUUCUCUACGAUUUACGGGUACUUACUCGUGCACGGAAUCAAAGAAGAGGAGGUCUUACUAUAUAUAUGACUUAUGUUGUCGCAGAUGGGUUCUUACUUAUUAGUAGCAUAUCCGCUGUUAAUAUCUUUAUGCUCUUAACCCCAGUUUAAUAAAAAUGCUUUGUCUUGUUGUCUAUUUCAGCCCUAUUUUCUUUAGUAAGGGGGAAGGCUUUCUUUAAGAAUAUCCUUUUGAUCCGAAAAAAAAGUGCUUUUUUUUAAGAUGUAUUGGUAGGCCAUCUAGUAGCCUUCCGUAGGCCAGCUAGGGGAAUGGUUUACCACAUAUAUAAAAUAAGUUGGGGUUGAAUCCCCUAGUGUAAAUAAGGUUAUCUGACUUCAUCCUUCUGGCAAUAAAAUAAAGAAGGUGCUUGGUCCACGGGCUUUCCCAAGACUGAACCAGCAGUAAUCUACUCAUUGAAAAGAUGAUCUGAGCACUUCUAUGCGUAUCAGCGGGUUGACCCCGAAGACCGAACAGAAAUCGACUAAGCAAAGGCUAAAAGAAAAGCGGGAAGCUAAGCGGAUCAAUUUCUAAUAAAAGCUUUAGUCCGGGCUGAUGCAAGAGAAAGGAAUGGAAUCUUGAAAGUCUUGUUCUGCUGAUCUCUUAUCAUGCGAAAUUAAAUAUUUUACCGCUUCGCUAAAGCGACUACGUACCUGCCUUUCUAAAAUAAAUCCAUUUUUCCAAGCGUGAUUCUUAAGAAGAAUUCAUUCAUAUGUGCACCGCUUCUCUUCAUACCUAGACCUACCCACCCACUAUUCUACCUUGACCGCCCUCCUCUCCGUUUUCGCCGGAGAAGAUUCACCUAAGGAACAUGUUAUGGAGGCAGGACCUUGGACAACUUGGGAUCUCACUAAGAUACCCAUUUUGGGGAGGUACCGGGGUUUGCAACCGAAGUCCUGGGGUAAGGAUUCUAUAGCCAGCAUCUCAUUUGUCAUUGGCACCCCGGGAAGAUGACUGCAGAGAAAGCCUUUCCUGAAUGAAGAAAGAGAGUGAAAGAGAAGAGAUCAGUGCAAUAGGUACAGAGGGGAGAUAAACUGUCUUAAUUCGGUUCGGCAGAAUAAAGCCGAGAAAACAAAUAGGAAGAGCACUAUGCAAGCUUAUAAUUAAGUAAAUAUAUAAAUCGAGCAGUAAAACAAAGUCGUUACGGCUAUGUUACUAACAUGGACAGCUAUGAAUGGUAUUCAUUGACAGGAGUGACCGCUUUCUAGUCGUAGUUGGUACCGCCCCUGUUCACUUCAGCAUGCAAGGAACACCUUCGGGAAUAAUCUAAGUUUUUCUCCUCUGCAAAGCUGUCAAUCUUUAUUAUUUAAACUUAGAUUUACACUGAAGGGAAUAGCUUAUAUGAGACGGAGAAGAAGAGUAGGAAGGCUCUAAGACAGAUCGGUACGACCGGUCGACUAGCAAGAGAUUCGAUUAUCCUUGCCUUUCCCAUUCGAUACGCUUCGAGGGGAAGACCCGGCGUUGAGUGCAGUCCAAGAAGCUGCGUAGAAAUAUCCAUUCACUAAAUGCUCUAUGAUAUAUUUACUUAUUCUUUAGCUUUAUAUGUAGAUUAUGCUUUAUGGGUUGAUGAUUGAUAGGCCGAAGUCGCUUUGCCAGAAGGAUUGGUUAGUCGUGGUCUCUAAGAUAAGGCAUCAACAGAUACCGAUGCCAAUGAACAGUCGCCUUAGGACAGAUCCAUACGAACAUCAAAUUGGCCGAGCUCCGUGAGUCAAUUGACGAAGAGCCAAAGCACAUUUUAGUCUUUGUGGCCCCACAACAACUUCCAAAGUCUCGUUCUAGCUCAAUGGAAAGGCCUCUCCAUUGCAUCGAUCCUUCCCUUCUCUGAGUCAAUUCAAACUGGAAUCUCAACUAUUCAUUUCAUUUCCCUCCAUGCUCCGACGAUUGAAGUUUCGAACCCUUUCUCGGCACAUUGAAGUAAAGAAAAAACUGUUGUUUCCAGGUCGAAUAACAACCUCUCGAAUGAGACUCGAAAGACGAAACUUGGAUCGAGGAUCGAAACUUUUCCUUCGGGCAAGGUCAGCUAAAUCAAGCUAAGCUCAUUUACGAUCCACUGAGAAAAUAGCAAGACUUUAGGAACAAGGCAUCAUUCUCCUCAAAGACAGCUGCUCCGCCCGAGACGAAAGCUUUUAUUGGGACUCCUUUCUACUUGUUAAAGUAGAGCUUAUUAGGCCUUUCUCGCCUGAAUGAAGAUCCGAUUAGUCCAUAUUGGUGGGGCCUGAAGCUUGAGCCUGACCUCUCAGUCGUGAUAACAGCUCUUUCUGUGCUGAAACAAUAUCCCAAAAGACCGCAAUAGCAACUGUUUUAAAUGAAAGCCGGGGGCCGAAGAUUAGUAACUUAGAUGAACGUCACAGUUUGAUUUUCAUAUAUGUCACCCUACGUAAAAUAAAUCAAAACAAAAACUCGACUUUAGCAUUUGCUUUUCUUUGCUACACUCCCUAUCGAAAGCACACCUUCAAUCAGUAGGGGGAAGCGAAAUGAUGCUAUUUUGCCUUAACCAAUACCAGGAACUGAAACUCCUACUGCGUUGACUUGAAAGUAAGGAAAGCCUAAUUCAAAAGGGGUGGAUAUCUUCCCCGGGCGUAACCCCCUUAUUACAACCAUCCGUUAUAAGACAAAAAACACUUUCUCUCGUUAUUGUUGACACGAAAGUCUCAGUAACAAAGGUUGGUGAGUCGUUCAGGCAUUCAUGAAAAUGACGUAUGUCACAGCUCUUCCUUCCCUUCUAAUCUAAUAGGGCCACCAAGACUUUCAAUGCGCUAGCUCUUGACCUUCCUAGGAAUCAAAUGCAUUCCUUAUUUAUCCAAAAGUGGGCUGGAGCGUCACCACAUCGUAGAUCUCUCUCCAUCCAGAACAAGGGUUUGUUUCACUUACUAAACAUAGGGGCAAUGGGUUGUUCUUUGGUUUGAGACAUAGAAAGAAGAUUGAAUAGAAAGCAUUCCCCUACUGUAUUAUAGGAAGCUGCUCACUUGUUCUCUGUGUUUAUUAUGUCCUUUACAGUACAGUCCAAUUCAAAAUAAAGUAUCUCCCACUUAAGAAUAUCCCCCCCAGUGGGGGACUAGGUAGGCAGAGCCUAAGCCCUCGGACACGUAUCAUAUCGACGUCCGGCGGAUUAGGAGGGUGGUCUAUUACCGACAGCCUUAACUCAUAGCUUCUUAGUUGCAAUAGCUCAAUAGCAACUAAGGGGAGAAAUAAACCUUAGCAAUAUCGACCUUCCAAUUCAAGGUUUUGAGCCCUGCUGACCAAUCCAAUGCUUUUUAAGGUUUAUAGCCAAAGGAGUCUUCCUCUCUAGUAGCCCUUCCGACAACAUCAUGGUGCAGCACUAACAGCGAUCUAACGCUGGAGCGAUGGGAAGACUACAUCCGGCCUCAACCCGCCUUUCCCUACCUUGCCAUUAAGCCUUCCUUGCUUUCCAUGAGGGCUGGAAGCGUGGCACCUCACACCUUUGUACACGUAACAACUACUCCUGUUAUCCUUGAACGUCUCCCUAUAAUACUCAACAUUGACACAACGUGGAAUCUUGAUGAUGUUGAAACACGAACGGCAAGGGAACCUCCUUCUACCGAUAAGGCGAACCGCUGGCCAAUUCAAUUAAGAAAUAGAAGUGACAGAUAAGUCUCUUAGCCGAGGGAGUCUAUCCGGACUCGACUCGAAGAUGGAAUAACAACAGGCUAUUCUAGAUCUUUCCUCUUUCCGGUUCUUCGAGAGUUCUAGUUAUGGGCGACUCUACCAAUCCUUUUUGGGCCGGAUAGUCUGUUUUUCAACUUGUUACUUGUUACCUAUUCUUCUAUUCUCCGAUCUGUCAAUAGUCUGUUUGAACUCCUAAUGGAAUGCAAAUCUUCGUCGACCUCAAAACAAAGAGAUCUUCAUCAUUGCCGAAAGAAAGUUCAAUGAGACCGGGAGGCGUGGUCCAAGAGAUCAUCGCCAGAGAGAGAAGGUUUCCUUCCAUGGAUACGAAGUCUAACGCACUCAAGAGAAGUUCCCGAUAAGGUAAGUCAGUCAAAGGCCUUUCGAGUUGUUGUAGCAAUUGAACUCUUCAAGCAAUGAUCUUAUUUAUUAAACCGCUUGCUGAGCUGCUUGUUUAGUUGCUAUAGCCGAAUGACCUUCCAUCACAUCAACUAUAAGAAGAAGAGUUUCGGAAGAAUACGCUUCAGGGACAAAUUGAUCUUCUAUCCCUUCCUGACUCUGCUGACAUCCCGCCUUAAUCUUUCUUAGGGUUGAAAGAAUCAAUGAGAUGCCUUCUUCCUUUUUCUAUACAUAUAGUAGCGCCUGCUGGCCAGUCAUAGAUAGUAGUAACUUAUUGAAUUCUGGCUUCCUCUCUUUUUGAGAGAUCAGGUUCAAACUACUAAAGCUCGUAGGAAGAGUCAAAGUUCGUCAAAAAUGUUAGAAUACCGCCUUCCUGAGAGUAGACAGGCAAGUCUGACGUGCUAGCUCAAUCUUUUUCAUUCUUUGCUAAAGAAAUGUUCUCAGUACUUUUGCCUGGGUGGAACAUUAGGUUCCCUUGUCUCCUCUUAUGGGGGGAACUGUGGAGGAGUUUAUGUGAGACAGCAUCAUAAUUCUCCGAUUUCAUAGAGUCAGCAAGAUCCGUUCGGAAGUGAUCAGCAGCUUUAUCAGCUUCAGAGGAAGUUUCGCAGGAACAAGCAACAGCUAAUUGAGACUCUGAAAUAGAUUCUUUCCUAAGCUUGUUCGGCAAGGAGUUUUCUUGCUGCCCCAGUAAGAAGUUCGUGAGGCUUGGAUUAUCGUAGAAUAAGAGGAGAGCCGUCUUAGGAAAUGACUUCACUUAAAAGACAGAUGCCGCCACUGCGAGGCGAGGGAGCAACUUGUCUGGUCUUGCGGUGCACUCAUUCCCGUUACGAGAAUGAAACCCCAGCUUGACUCGAGACCAAGACUCCUUACAACUCGCACCAAUAGCGGCACUGAGCGGCCGGAGAUUGAUUGAAAGGGCAGGCCCCUAACCGCCUAUCUACUCGUGUUCGUAGCUCGAUCGGAGGUCAAGACUGUGGUCCGGCGGAAAAACAGAAGUCGUCCGUAUCAAGUGAUACGUUAAUUGCUCAGUAGUGCUUCGCUGCUUGAUGUUGCCCCGCUGGCGGAAAUAGCUUAAUGGUAGAGCAUAGCCUUGCCAAGGCUGAGGUUGAGGGUUCAAGUCCCUCCUUCCGCUCCUGGCUUCGUCGUUUAGUGGUAACAAGUGGAGUGCAUAAGCCACUUUAGAGAUAGGGGCGAGCAGCACCUUGUUUGUAUAAGGUUCCAAACCUAUCUGACUAAUAAGAAUAAAGGGGCAAGCCAAAACUGACUCCUAACAAGUUGCUGGCUUUUCAUCAGCCGUUGCGCGCUAGCGCGCUUAUGUUUUUCAGCAGGCUUCUUCAAAUACCCCAUCAAGUUGGGGUUAUAACUAGUUGUAGCUAGCUAGCGUUUUCCCUGACUAGUAAAGGGGCUGCUAGUUGUAGCGCGCAGUGUACUAGUGAAUAGGAAAAGCGAAUUUAGAUUACUAAUGACGGAUGGAGGUUGAGGGUAUAACAUGUUCGGUGCCUCGCCCUUGUCUCCUUCGCCGUAUACUUUCAAUGAUGGGAAUCCUAUCGAUAAAGAAGAGGCAUAAGCAUCGCCUCUCGAUCCAAUCCAUCUUGAAAGGCCUCCCCAACACACUCUUGAUACGAAAUCAACCUCCCGCCAUAGAGAUCCUCAAGUCUGGGUCCCCUCUCCUUAUCAGUCGAGUAUAGUAUCUUCUAACCUCUCUCCCCCUUUUUUCACCUUGAACCUGAACUGGUCGAGAGAGAUGAAACCGCACCACAUUUUAUCGAAUCCCAACUAGAGAUGGAAUUCCAUAACCUAAACAACUCAGUUGAGAGCUCCGUGACUGGAAAAAGGGAAGGUCCACCAAUGAUUUAUAGGCCAUUCCCUCCCUAUCCGUCUCUUGAUCCCUCAUUCCACUAAUCCGUUGUUACUGAUUCAUUCAAAGCAUAGACUCCCCAUUUCUUUGUCUUAUUAGCGCAGGUGUUCGUAAACGAUGAAAGCCGCUGAACUUCAGACUCGAGUUGAGAAAGAGGGCUAGGCCCCCGGGAGGGCUUUAAGGGACUGGGGAAGACGGGUCAUUCGACGGGGAGUGGAAAAUUCUUGGAAAAAGAGCUAGGGGCAAAUCGAAGGUUUGUCCAUCGGGAUUGGGCAUGGACGAGCCUCGACUGGGCCAGCAUUGAUUCAAAAAGAAAAACUUAUCCCAUUUACCGGUGUAGGAUUAAAGAUAAGGUCCAGGAUUCGAGUAAAAUAGACCUUCCCUCUCAUCUCAGGCCCACGGAGCGGUAAGGAAUUGAAUCAAAUGUUCGUUGUUCAAGCAAGAAAACGGAUGCGCUAACGCGCAACGUGCGGAUCGAGCAAAGCGAGAGGUACAAAGUGACUCGACUGAAAGGAGAGGUUAGAAUAGACUCGACUGAAAGGAGAGGUUAGAAUACCCUUGCUUGUUUUGUUGUUGUGAAGUGAAUAGGCUUGACCCUGUGUUCUCUCCUGGUUGGGUCGGAGGCGAUAACUUGAAAGUCAAUCAUGAAGUGGUGGGGUCUUCAUAGAAAAGAAGGCCUCGCCCAAGGAGUGGCAGAUUUGGAUGGAGUCUCGCUUUGAUGCUGGGGAGAUCCAUAGAUCUGGAUAGAGUCUCGCUCAUAGAGGAAGAGUACGCGCGCUAGCGCGCUACGGCUUACGUAGUUGAUCGGAUCAGAUAGCCCUUCGGGCAAGCAACCAAACCCGGCACAUCCAAUUCCAUUCCGAUCAACAACUUGGAGGGAUGGCUGAGUGGCUUAAGGCAUUGGUUUGCUAAAUCGACAUACAAGAAGAUUGUAUCAUGGGUUCGAAUCCCAUUUCCUCCGGCACGGAAAUGAAACGGGCGGGCGAAAUUACGUGAGAGAAAGAACCUCUUGGUGGAGUCCAGUCCCCCGGAGGACAGAAUAGCACUUCUUAGUGACUAGGAGCGGAGAGCCCGUUGCGCCUUGUUUUUAUUUUAUCGGCCUAUCUUCUUUCUAUAAGCAAGCUCGUCCAGUCCCUGGACGGCUCUCGGUUCUUGAGUGGGGGAUUAGGCGGGAAAGAACAAGCAACGCUUUAUAAUAGAGGCGCUAGCGCGAUGAAGAAAACAGACUUUAGGAAAGUGGUUCAGGUAGCUCAGCUGGUUAGAGCAAAGGACUGAAAAUCCUUGUGUCAGUGGUUCGAAUCCACUUCUAAGCGGGCGAAGGGUCCAAAGGACACGUAGCCGGGGAUUUGAAAAUGAAAGUGAAAGAGUAAGCCAAAAAAUGUGAGCGCUCCUGCACUAUACGGCUUUUUGGCGUCAGGGUUGGUGUGGACUCGGCAUAUUCAAAAAAAAGCGGUGGAUUACUCGGAUUGGUUCUCGCAUCCCUGGAUGGGCGAGUUCGGUUUGAGUGUUCAUCGAUCGGGUGGAUCUAUAUGCUUCGGGGUGGUGAGACGAGGUGUAGCGCAGUCUGGUCAGCGCAUCUGUUUUGGGUACAGAGGGCCAUAGGUUCGAAUCCUGUCACCUUGAUGUGACGGGCUG